ACAUCAACAAUGGCAGACAAGCAAGAUUGGCGCCGAGAAGAUGAAGAUGAAGGGGAGCAGGAGAUUGAUGAGAACAGUUACAAGGCGCAAAAGGAUGCCAUCUUGCUCGCUAUAGAUGUGAGCAAGUCAAUGCUGGAGCCACCGCCGCACUCGGACUCCAAAAAGGCAGACCGGGACAGUCCCGUACAGGCAGCGUUGAAAUGCGCCUACCAUCUGAUGGAGCAGCGCAUCAUCUCCAACCCCAAGGACAUGAUGGGCAUUCUCCUAUUCGGCACUGAAAAGUCCAAGUUCCAGGACUCGGGCGAUGGUCGCAGUGGACUUGGAUAUCCUCAUUGUUAUCUAUUCACUGAUCUCGACGUCCCCGCGGCAGAGGACGUCAAGGCCCUGAAGGCUCUGGUUGAAGAGGGGGAAGACGAGGAUGAAGUGUUGACGCCCUCAGAGGAGCCUGCCAGCAUGGCCAACGUGCUCUUCUGCGCCAACCAGAUUUUUACAACAAAGGCCGCAAACUUUGGUAGUCGUCGCCUGUUCAUAGUGACCGACAACGAUGACCCCCAUGCGUCUGACAAGCAGGCAAGAUCAGCCGCGGCUGUUCGCGCAAAGGAUCUGUAUGAUCUUGGCAUCAUAAUCGAUCUCUUCCCCAUCACUCGAGGGGAUGAUACCUUUGACCUGAACAAGUUUUAUGAUAAGGACAUCAUCUACCGUGACCCAGUUGGUGAAGCCAACAUGUCUGAGAUUCGCACCUCCAAGUCUGGAGACGGACUUACUCUGCUCAACUCGCUUAUCUUGAAUGUGAAUUCGAAGCAAACAGCGAAACGAGCACUCUUCUCAAACUUGCCUUUUGAGAUUGCCCCUGGACUGCGGAUCUCGGUCAAGGGAUACAAUAUUGUCCAUCGCCAAACGCCCGCCCGCACCUGUUAUAUCUGGCUCGAUGGCGAGAAACCCCAGAUUGCCGCAGGCGAAACUACCAGAAUCGCCGAGGAUAGUGCCCGAACGGUCGAGAAGGGAGAGACGAAGAAGGCGUACAAGUUUGGAGGUGAAUACGUCUACUUUACCCCUGAUGAGCAAAAGUCUCUCAAGGAUUUUGGAUCGCCAAUCAUCCGCAUCAUUGGCUUCAAGUCGCGGAGCCAGCUUCCCAUCUGGGCGAGUGUUAAGAAGUCUACCUUUAUCUUCCCCAGUGAAGAGGACUUUGUCGGCUCAACUCGAGUCUUUACUGCAUUGUGGCAGAAGCUGCUUAAGGACGACAAGAUUGGUCUUGCAUGGUGCAUCACCCGAGCCAACGCGCAGCCGAUACUCGCGGCCAUCAUUCCAUCUAGGGAGCGGUCUGAUGAUGAGUCGGGAACACCAUACCUGCCUGCAGGUCUUUGGAUCUAUCCCCUUCCCUUCCUGGAUGACCUGCGAAGCAUCAACCCCCCAAGCGAAGUGAUGCGAAGUUCUGAUGAGCUCACGACACAAAUGCGGACCAUUGUGCAGCAGCUUCAACUCCCCAAGGCCAUGUACAAUCCGUCCAAGUACCCGAAUCCUGCCCUUCAAUGGCACUACAAGAUUCUGCAGGCUCUUGCACUGGAAGAGGAGGUGCCUGAAAAGGCUGAAGAUACGACUGAGCCCAAGUUCAAGGCCAUUAGCAAGAGAGCUGGUGGUUACCUUGAAGAUUGGUCAGAGACACUGGAGGGUGAAGCCGGCCGAGUUUCCAGUGCCAAGUCCACCAAGCGCGAGGCGGACGAUGACGAUGUGAAGCCAACCAAGAGGAGUAGAGGCUCAUCAGAGAAGCCCUCUGGAUCUUCACUCUCGACUUCUCAGCUGAAGGCGGCGAUUGAGAGCGGUGGCAUCACCAAGAUGACGGUGGUGCAACUCAGAGACUUGCUGGGGGCCAAAGGCUUGAGCACAGCUGGUCGAAAGAUGGAUCUGAUUGAGAGAGUCGAGCAGUGGGUGGAAGAAAAUUCCUAG